GCUUAUAUUGUACUGGCUGUUUUAAUCAUCCAAAAUCCUCAGCGAAAGGUGAAGCUGGUGGAAAAUGUACAACAGAACGGUUCAUGUCCUUGACACCAUUUUCACCAUGGACAGCUUUGACCUGUCCUGGGAAGGUCUUUACAUUACGCUGACAUUUAGUUCCCUCAUUUACUCUGUCGCGUUGGGAUGUAAUUUGAUUCUGCUCCUGAUUAUAGCCACCAACUCAAAUCUGCACCAGCCCAUGUAUUUGUUCCUCUUUAACCUGUCUGUCAACGACCUCAUAGGCAUCAGCGCCAUUUUUCCCAGGGUUAUGGUCAACAUGCUCUCUCAAGACAAAGCCAUCACUUUCCUUGCAUGUGUGAUUCAGGCUCUUUGCCUCCACAUUUAUGGUGGAGCCACACUUUUAAUAUUGUCUGUUAUGGCUUUCGACCGAUAUAUUGCCAUCUGUCAUCCUUUGCGCUAUCACAGCAUCAUGACCAAAGGCUCUGUGAUAACGCUCAGUGUUUUAGCAUGGCUGGUGAACAUACUGCUGGUGGGCGUCCUCUUUAUACUGACUCUGCAGUACCCUUUUUGCACAACAGCACUUUCAAACUACUACUGUGACAAUGUGUCUAUCUUGAAGCUGACCUGCGCCAAGGAAACCACAGCGAACAACAUCUAUGGGCUGUUCAUCACUGGGCUUUUACACAGCAUUGGGCUGUUCUCUGUGUUUUUCACCUACAUCCAUAUUCUCAUCACAUGCUUCAGAAACAGAAGUGUGGAGUCGAAUGGCAAGGCUAUGCAUACCUGCGCUACACAUUUGCUGGUCUUCCUUAUCUACGAGUUCUCAGGUUUUGUCAUCGUCCUUUGCUACCGGAUUCCUAGCACACCCCCCUCCUUGCAAAAGUUCAUGGCAAUGUCAUUUUUUGUUAUUCCCCCGUGUAUAAAUCCAAUUAUCUAUGGUGUUAAAACCAAAGAAAUCAAAAGGAACCUAAAACUGGUUUUUGCCAAUAAGCUCCUUCCUACUAAGGUUUCCGGUUAUUGUAGGAGACCAACAAUAAAUACUGUUGCCUAAGUUGUACAAUCUGAUGUUAUAUAAACAAAAAUAAGCCAAUAUCACUUCACAAUAAAAACUUUAAG